AUGCCUGAUUCCGCUGAUUUCGAGCUGCUGGCUGAGGGCCUGAUGGUCAAGUGGGAACACUUUGGUGUUUUCCGUCGCUUCGUCCUGCCAAUUGAGAAAGGAAAAGCCUUCGAAGCCCUGCUGGCGAAGUGCCACAGCCUUGAGAAAAAUGCUGAUUAUGACCUCUGCUGGACCGAUUACGAUGAAGAUCUGAUCCGUAUCGAAUCGGAGUGCGAUAUGGGCAUGGCUAUCCGUGAAAUGGAUGGCGACCUACUGCGCAUCUAUUCAGCGGCCAAGCCGGAGCAGAAGAAGCCGGUUAAGCAGCCCGAGAAUAAGAAGCCGCAAAACACGACUGGUGCUGCGCACCCAGGAGUUGUUUGUGAUGGCUGUGAUGAGCAAAUUGUGGGUCAUCGUUUCAAAUGUCUCGUCUGCCCGGACUACGAUCUUUGCGCCAAAUGUGAACAGGGAGAUGAGCACAAGCAACAUGUCAUGAUGCGCAUCGUCUCCCCCGACGCCACUCCGAUCCCAUCUGACUUGCGUUACCGUAGCCGUAUCAUGCGCGUUCCAUCGUUUACCCUCGACCUUGCCGAGGAGGCCCUUUCUGGACUGCAGAGCACCUUCUGGAAUGGAGCCAACGAUGGAGCAGCUGCCGGUGAAGAUAUGAAGAACAAGGCACAGGAAAACUGCCAACGUGCCAAGGAAGAAUUCCGCACAUUCAUGGGACAUCUACAGGAAGCUCUGGCUAACUUCGGCCUCGACCCGAAGCAAGAGAAGCCGACUGAGACACAGAAGCCGGCCGAACAACCGGCGCAGAACGCUGAUGAGCCGCCAGUGCUUCAGCCGGAACCUGCACAGCAACAACCGACAGUCACGAUCCCGGAAGCCACCGUUGAGGAGCAGAUGAAUUUCGAGGAGUUGAGCGCCGAAGAGCUGAAGCACAUCGAGGAGAUGACCAACCAAGCCCAGCCAACUCAGACGGCCAACGCACCGACUUCAGAGGGUUCCGAUGCGCGUUUGAUCGAGGUUGACACGGCUCCGGUUGCGCAUCCGAUGCCUGUCCAGUCGAACCAGUACGUUCCACCGCAUCCGCUAGGAGGACAGGCCGCUCCAGUUUAUCCGCCGAUUCCACAGAUGGGCUUUGAACAGCCAGCAUGGCCGACCCAGGGAAUUCCUCCCCACCCAAUGUCUAUGUUCGGUCAUAAGCAGCCAUUCCCCGGCUUCGGUAUCUGGGGCCCACCCGGAAUGAGGCGCUCCCGUCGUGGUCAUCCUCAUCCUCUGCAGCCCCAACCGGCUCCUCCAGCUCGUCCGACCCUCACUCCGCGUGAGCGCCAAGAGCUUGGCUACGUCGCCGCUGGCAUCUACGACACCCUGCACAGCAUGGGAUUCGAGAAGCACGACCUGAUGAAAGAAGCCGCCCGGAACACGCAGAACGUCGAGCGCGCCUGUGAAUACUAUUGGAUCCACCAG